UGGCAACGAGAGCAUCUGCAUCUGCAACGGAAUCCGCAGCUGUUGCUGGUGGCCAAAUGGCUAGGUGGCAAGUGAAUAAAAGCCACCUCCACUCCAUUGAGUGGCAUCAGUUGCAAGCAGCGAGCCACCGAGACUAAUCAGCAAGGAUAAGGACAAGCCACCCCCACAACAUGAUGAAACUGGUACUCUCGUUACUCUCCAUCUGCGCCUUGGCGGCAGCUCGUCCUGGUUACCUACACGGCCACCACCACCACUAUCCGGAGAUUCCGUACUAUCCGCACCACCACCAUGUGGAGCCACUGCACUACCACCUGCCCGCCGUUUCCCAUCAGAGCUCCACGGUGGUGCACAGUGUGCCGCACCACAUCAUCAAGCCGGUGCUGCUACCCACCGUGGUGAAGACCGUGGUCCAUCCCCCCAUCAUUAAGGCCUACCAUCCUGCGCCAAUCCUCAAGGCCUACCACCCAUACGAUCCCUUCCAUCUGCACCACCAUCACGACUUCCACGAUUACCACCUGCAUUAAACGACGGUUGACGACGCUGAUGACUGAGGAUCGAUAACGAUAACUAAAUGCCGAUAACGACGACGGGAAGGAUGCAACCUUUGUAUGCUGUGUAUGUUUGCGUGUCUCGAUUGUUCAUGUGUAAAGUCCAAAAGGAAGUUUCGCUGUAAGCUGCUGACUAUGCUAU